GGAUUGUCUGGCUCGACAGCGGGCAUCGGGUCACCAGGUAUGACAGCGGGCACUGGGUCACCAGGCAUCAGGCCAUUUGGCUCGCCAGCGGGCACCGCGUCAUCUGGCAAGGCAGUGGGCACCGAGUCACCAGGUACGACAGCGGGCUCUGAGUCAAUUGGCACGACAGCGGGCACCGGAUCAGGUACCGGAUCAUCUGGAUCAACAGCGGGCAUCGAGUCAACUGGCCUAAUAGGAUCGUCAGGCUGGAUCAGUUCAUCAUGCUGGGUAGAGGCAUCAGGCUGAAUGCAGGCACGGCAGGCUCACUGGUUUGGAUACUGGCAGGAUGGUAUUGGUUGGAAAG